GUUUCACGUUUGCCUCUAUCAUGUAAUCGAAGAUCGACUUUAUUUUAGUCACACAAAAGAUGGCGGACCGAACGCCUGGUGGCACUCAAAAAGCUAGCGCUAAGGCGUUGCUUGAGAGCAAAUUGAAGUCUUUCAGUAUUGGCAAAAUGGCAGUGGCAAAGAGGACCCUGAGUAAGAAGGAACAAGAUGAAAUAAAGAAAAAAGAAGAUGAGCGGGCUGCAGCCGAAAUUUAUGAAGAGUUUCUUGCUGCUUUUGAAGGAGGAGGAGAGGGCAAGGUCAAGGCCUUUGUCCGUGGUGGUAUUGCAAAUGCAACAAAAGAGGAGGCAGCUGCUGAUGAGAAGAAAGGAAAAUUGUACAAGCCCAAGUCACGUUUCGAUAACCAGUCAAAAAGCUUCCUGCCUUUGGAUACCCCGCCUCAGUUUUUACCAGUAGAUAAAAGACAUUCUGUGAAGAAACCUACUGAAAAGGAAAAGAAGAAGAGCAACUUGGAGCUUUUCAAAGAAGAACUUAAACAAAUACAAGAGGAAAGGGAUGAAAGACACAAGCUGAAGGGACGCGUUAGUCGCUUCGAACCUCUCUCGGGCGCCGAUGGAAGACGCUCGUCGGAUGGUUCUUCAAGAAGAAACCGUCCGUCCAGUGUUUUGGAUGAUUGUGCGCCAGGUUCCCAUGAUGUUGGAGACCCAUCCACUACUAACUUGUAUCUUGGAAACAUCAAUCCACAGAUGAAUGAGGAGAUGCUGUGUCAAGAGUUUGGCCGUUAUGGUCCGCUGGCCAGCGUGAAGAUCAUGUGGCCCAGAACAGACGAGGAGAGGGCUCGGGAGAGGAACUGUGGUUUUGUGGCUUUCAUGAACAGGAGGGAUGCCGAGCGAGCUCUCAAGAACCUAAAUGGAAAGAUGAUAAUGAACUUUGAGAUGAAAUUAGGAUGGGGCAAAGGUGUGCCCAUCCCACCCCACCCAAUCUACAUCCCUCCUUCCAUGAUGGAGCACACACUCCCACCACCUCCCUCCGGCCUACCCUUCAAUGCACAGCCCCGGGAGAGGUUAAAGAACCCCACUGCCCCAAUGCUCCCUCCACCUAAAAACAAGGAGGAGUUCGAGAAGACUCUGUCGCAAGCCAUAGUCAAAGUGGUUAUCCCAACAGAAAGGAAUUUGCUCUCUCUCAUCCACCGAAUGAUCGAGUUUGUGGUGCGUGAAGGCCCAAUGUUUGAAGCCAUGAUCAUGAACAGAGAAAUCAACAAUGCCAUGUACAGGUUUCUAUUUGAGAACCAAAGCCCGGCACAUGUUUACUACCGGUGGAAGCUGUACUCCAUACUACAGGGGGAAGCACCAGUCAAAUGGAAAACGGAGGACUUUAGGAUGUUUAAGAAUGGCUCCCUGUGGCGUCCGCCUCCUCUCAAUCCGUACCUCCACGGUCCGUAUGAUGACGGUGAGGAAGAGGAGGAAGACGAGGACGGCGUCAGGAAAGGCAGCUUAAAAGAAGACGAGCGAGACAAACUAGAGGAGAUGCUGCGUGCUUUGACUCCCAGGAGGGGAGACAUUGCAGAGGCCAUGUUGUUUUGUCUCAACCGAGCCGAAGCGGCCGAAGAGAUAGUGGAAUGUGUCACGGAGUCUCUCUCCAUCCUCAAAACCCCUCUUCCCAAGAAGAUCGCACGGUUAUAUCUAGUUUCUGAUGUGUUGUACAACUCUUCUGCCAAAGUAUCCAAUGCGUCGUACUACAGAAAAUAUUUUGAAACCAAGCUAUGCCAGAUCUUUGCAGACCUCAACGCGACGUACAAAGCGAUACAGGGCCACCUGCAGAGUGAGAACUUUAAGCAACGAGUGAUGGCGUGUUUCCGGGCGUGGGAGGACUGGGCCGUGUACCCGGACCCCUUCCUGAUCAAGCUGCAGAACAUCUUCCUGGGUCUAGUUAAUCUCGCUGCAGAGAAGGAAGCCCCCGUUGUCAUUGUGGAGGCCGAUCCGGUGGAGGACAUUGAUGGGGCUCCAAUCGGGGAGUACGUAGAUGGGGCUCUGCUGGAGGAUGUGGACGGGGUGCCGAUCGACGCAGUGCCCAUUGACGGAGCCCCUAUUGACGGAGCCCCCCUGGAUGACCUCGACGGGGUCCCCAUCAAGCACAUGGAAGAAGACAUAGAUGGAAUACCUUUGGAUCCGUCCAAAGAGGCAACCUUCAAGGUAGCACCCUCGAAAUGGGAGGCGGUGGACGAGGCGGAAUUACAAGCUCAAGCUGUGACAACUUCUAAAUGGGAGGCAAUUGAGCAAACAGAAGAAAGGAAAAAGGACGAGGAUGACAGUGAUUAUGAUGACAGGAGCCCUCGCUCAGAUGAUAAUCACAGCUACUCAAACCCCAUCAGAGAGGACUCUGAUAUUAAGGCCAAAAUGUCUGAAAUGAAUGAAGAGAAACGCACAAAGCUCAGAGAAAUCGAGGUUAAGGUCAUGAAGUUCCAGGAUGAGCUUGAGUCUGGGAAAAGGCCCAAGAAGCCUGGGCAGAGUCUUCAGGAGCAGGUGGAACAUUACAGGGACAAAUUACUACAAAAGGAAAAGGAAAAAGAGAAACUUGAACGUGAGAAAGAGAGGGAGAAGAAAGAGAAGGAGAAGGCUGAGGCACGUUUGAAGGACUUGAAGAAGGAAAAAGAAAAGGAUGACACACCAACCAGGAAGGAGAGGAAACGGCGUCACAGUGGUUCACCCAGCCCAUCGAGGAGUAGCACCCGACGAGGCCGGUCGCCUUCACCCCGUUCCGAGCGGUCAGAAAGAUCAGAGCGCUCCGACCGCUCGUACUCUAAAGACACGUCCUCACGCUCCGCCCACAAAGACUCGCCGCGACCCAGCAGCAAAAAGUCGUCAAAGAGAUCUCCCUCUCCUCGUACACCCAAACGAUCGAGGCGGUCGCGCUCAAAGACGCCCAAGAAAUCAGCGAAGAAAUCCCGCUCCAAAUCAAGGUCUCCUCACCGGUCGCAUAAAAAAUCAAAGAAGAGCAAACACUGACACGUCUUUUCGUUAAACCCAAACCAGCCUAUUCUUCUCCCUUUUCCUGCGCUGUGUUGUAGAAAAGGGACUGAUUUGGUAGCUGAAGAUCUCUGCCAAAACAUUAAUGUAUAGACAUGAGUGACCAUCAGGUGGUUGGGGCCAUUGUUUUAUAUUGUACAAAAAAAAAAUGUGCUUGUUUGUCCUGAUUACCCAACACCUCUCGAUGGAAUUCCUCCAUGUGGUAGACCACCCCUGAACAGUGUCAUGGCUACGGUCAUUUCCUGUUUUUGUAGUUAUUAUUCAAAAGGAUUCCUAAUAAAGAAAUGUCAUUUUUAAAUCAAA